CACACACACACAGAAAAGCCCACUUGCCCUUUGGGAUGAAAUUUUUACCAACUGUCUUUCCAUAAAAGACAAUAAAAGGACAAAAAAAAAAAUUUGUUUUCCAGACUGAAAGAGUGUGGUGCAAAAUAUGGAGACCACAGUGGCAGAAAUUCAAAUAGAGAGUAAGGAUGAGAAAGAAUCAGUAGAGAUAAGUCCUCAGGCUGAGGAACAGGUUGAAAAAGCAUCCAUGAUUUGUUUUAAAAGAAGAAAGAAAUCAGUCAAAGCUUUGAAGUCAAAGAAUUGUUCUGAAAGAGACCACCCGGCAGCCCAUCAUCCAGGUCCAUGCGGUACAAAGGAUCACACAGAAGUCGAAGCUUCAGAUCAGUUUCAGUCAGCAGGGGGGACCUGGGCAUCAAUCCGACGCCUCCUCACUCGACAGAAAAGGUCAAAAUCUUCAAAGAAACAAGUCUCCUUAGAUGCUAAAGCAGAGCCUAUAGAAAACACUGAUGACACCAAACCUGUUAAGAAAAAGACUCGCUCCAGAAUUAAAAUCCCCUGCUUAAAACUCUCAAGACGUAAGAAAAAAUGUAGCCAUUCCCAAAUUACUGAAGAAUCUGAAUGCAAUCUGAAAGUAAAGGAAGUUACAGACAGCUUAGAUACAAGGAUUCUGACUGCUCAGGAUGAUACAGCAGUAAAGGAUAAAUUAAUUACAGACAUAAGUGGAGGUAGUGCCCAGGGAGACAAUAUAAUUGUGCCCCAGGUUAGCAACAUCAGCCCUUCUGGGGAGAAUGUGGCUUCCCUAGAACUUGAAGCUGAUAAUGAACCUAGCGUCAUUCACACUGCAGCAUUAAUCCUUGAAAAGACGGAAGAGAAACAGGUUGUAAACCUUCAUCAAGAAAGCAUCCCUGAGGCUUCAGAAGUGGGACCCCAGCUCCCUGAGGAGACAACAGAGAUCCAUGGUGCUGUGGCACCUGAUGAAAUCCCUCCAGAGAUACCUGCAACCCCUGAGACACAGAUCAGGGAAGAAACAUCGAACAGUGUCAUAGAACAGGAACCAAAAGAGAAAGAACAUGAAAAUGGAGAAAGUGUUUUAGAAAAGAAUGAGUCAAAAGACACCAUAGUAUGCUUCAGCAAAUCAGAUUUCAAAGAAAAUGCAAUGGGCCCAAAGAUGCCCCAAUUCGAAGAAAGCAAAAGAAUGGAGCCAAUUGCUAUUAUUGUAACAGACACCGAAGUCAGUGAAUUUGAUGUAAAGAAAUCAAAAAAUGUCCCUAAAAAAUUCUUCAUGUCAGUUGAAAAUCAGCAAAGUGAGCCAUUUUCUAAUGCUAUGUCAUCCACAGGGGUUAAUGAUUUUGAGGGCAGAACUUCUGAGCAGUAUGAGCAGCUUUUAAUGGAAACUGCUUCCUCGCUUGUCAAGAAUGCUAUCCAGUUGUCUAUAGAACAACUGGUGAAUGAAAUGGAUUCUGAUGAUAACAAAAGAAAUAAUCUUAUAUAAAAGACCAGAAUUUCAGCACAUAUUUACUUUUCAUGGAAACCUAAUGAAGAAUUAUUUUACAUGUUAUGAUACCUUUAAUUCAGACGACGCAUUAUGGAUAAAUUCCCAGUCUCCAAAACUCAACAGUACCUACUCCUGUCAAGCUGAGAUGAGAAUCUGACCCAGAAAUGUACUAUAUUGCUCCUUAAUGUUCUUUUAUGACAGAACCUUGUUUCAUAAAGUAAUUUA